AUGAUGUGCAAAGGCGGAAUACUUAAAGAUGAGGAGUGGAAUUUGCAAACAAACGAGAGGGCGACUAUUCUUCUUUUGGGCACUAAGAAAGAAGUACCACAACAACCAUCAGAGCCGGUCAAGUUUAUUGAAGACAUGAACGAAAUAGAAAUGGCUACAGCGUUGGAGUUACCAGCAGGUCUCACCAAUUUGGGAAAUACUUCUUAUCUUAGUGCUACUUUACAAUGCCUACAUGCUGUGCCCGAAUUGCGCAGCGCAUUGGACAGUUUCCGUGUAGACAAUGCUGAUGAUAAUUCGCUGGCUAUUACAUGGGGUUUAAAAUUUUUAUUUACACAAAUGGAACGGGGGAGCACUAUUACUCCUAUAAUUUUAUUUCAAACAUUUUACAGUGCCUUUCUACAGUUCUCGCAAACAGGUGAAAACGGCACAUACCGGCAACAGGAUGCCAAUGAGUGUUGGUCGGAACUGUUGAAAAUGUUACAACGAAAACUGCCAGCUAUAGACAAUACUGAGUCUGCUGACGCGAAGGAACAAAUUAAGAAAUACAGGGGCGCUUUUGAAGUAAAAAUGAGUUGUAGCGAGAGUCCGGAAGAGGAACCCACAGUCGGCAAAGAGAACUUUUUACAAUUAAGCUGUUUCAUUUCCCCCGAAGUUAAGUAUAUGCUUAGCGGCUUAAAAUCCAAGAUGAACGAGACUUCAGUGAAAUUUUCAGAAUCCUUAGGUCGUGAUGCCAAUUACAGCAGAUCAGUAAGUUCCGUUAUAUGAAAUCUGUGGAAAUAUUCUCAUUUUAAAUAUAUUUCCUGUAGUAUUUGAUAAGUCGCCUACUAGCUUAUUUGACUGUUCAAUUCGUUCGUUUCCAAUACAAAGGAAAGGAAGGCAUUAAUGCGAAAGUUUUGAAGGAUAUUAAAUUUCUAAUCGAUUUCGAUGCAUUUGAGUUAUGUACUCCGGGUUUACAAAAUAAACUAAGUCCAAUGCGUGGAAAAUUCAAAGAGAUGGAAGAUAACAAACAAAACCGCCAAACCGCCAAAGAUCCGCUGGCGGAGAAAGAUAAAAAGACUGUUUAAGACUGUUUAAUGACAUUUUAUAUAGUUUCGAACCGGAA